UGCAAGGGGCUAUAGCUUUCUGUGUAACAUACUAGCCACUGGAUUAUAUAUCUGUAUACAUUUAAAGGAAUCAGUGGAUGUUGCCCUCCUUGUGAAGCUUGAUGUAUCUCACUGAUAAAUAUGAGUAAAAAAAUCUGAUGAUCAUUUGAUAUUACAGAGGAAGGCUAGCGCUUGGGGGUUGACGCUUAUUCAGUGAAGGAAAUGUCUGUGUCUUGCAAACAGCAGCGCCACUUCUUCUGACUGUCUACUACAGUGACAGGCAGCUGGACAACAGAACACCACUUCAGGUGUCAUUUAUAAAGCCUGAAUUGUGCAUUGGAUUUGAACAGACGACCAUCGCGUGAAUACUGACAGUGAGCUCAUCUUGCCAUUUCUGAUACAGAGAAUCAUGCACAUCACAGGAGCUGAAAGACUCAUCCUCAUUGGUUAUCUACUGCAAGGUGUUCUGUGCCUAGACUUUGCAGCUCUGAUGCCUCAGAAUAUAGAGGCUCUCAGUGGAUCUUGUGUGGCCAUUCCCUGCUCAUUUACACUGGGAUCUGGAUAUGAGUCGUCCCUCACAGCUUCAUGUAAAGGAAUAUGGAGGAAAGGGUGGAGAAGAGUACACGUGUUUGAUUCUAGUCUCACAGGAACAGGCUUAAACACCAUUCAAGGGAAUCUAACUGGGAACUUGCAGCAGAAGGAAUGCACCACCAUCCUGAAUGACUUCACAUCUUAUUUCAAUGACUACUUUUGUUUCAGACUUGAAUGUGACAAUGCUCUGAAAUAUAAUUUUCCAGGACGUGUCACAAUUGAUGUAAAAGAGUAUCCAUCCAAACCCACUCUAAGUCCAGCAACAGUGGAUGUGAUGGAGGGGGCCUCAGUGAGUUUGAUCUGCUCUGCCGCAGCCCCCUGUCCCUCACUCCCUCCAACUCUGACAUGGACCCCCACACUGAGUGACAGUGUGGAGGAUUUGCAGGAGACUCCGAAUCGAGUCAUAACUUCUAUCCUGAACUUUACCGCUUCACAUGUCCACCAUGGAGAGAAGAUCUCCUGCACUGCGCUGUACAAACGACAAGCUGGCAAGAGUGAUAAAUCAUCCAAAACGUAUCUGACAGUCACUGUUCUUUACUCUCCCAAGAACACCUCAGUGUCAGUCAGUCCCUCUGAUUCAGUGUUAGAGGGCAGCUCUGUGAGUCUGACCUGCAGCAGCAAUGCCAACCCAGCAGUGGGGAGCUACAACUGGUACAGAGUUAUUGGAGAACAGGUUUCAACAGUGGGGGCUAGCAGAAUGCUAACUGUCCAGGUACCAGCAGAUGACAGUUAUUUCUACUGUGAAACCAUCAAUGACCAUGGAGCCGAGAACUCAUCUGUCGUUCAACUAGAUGGAAUAUACCCUCCCAAGAACACCUCAGUGUCAGUCAGUCCCUCUGGUUCAGUGGUAGAGGGCAGCUCUGUGACUCUGACCUGCAGCAGCAAUGCCAACCCAGCAGUGAAAAACUACACCUGGUACAGAGUCAAUGGGACUGAGGCUGUCACUUUAGGAUCUGGAGAGAGCUUCACCUUAGACAGUAAAGCAAGUGAUAGUGGGGAGUACUGCUGUGAAGCACUGCAUGCCCUUGGUGUGGAAAAAGCCACAGUUGUUCAGCUGGAUAUUCAAUAUCCCCCCAAGAACACCUCAGUGUCAGUCAGUCCCUCUAGCUCAGUAGCAGAGGGCAGCUCUGUGACUCUGACUUGCAGCAGCAAUGCCAACCCACCAGUGAAUAACUACACCUGGUACAGAGUUGAGGGAUGGGAGAAGGACAUUGUAGGGUCUGAAGAGAACCUCAACAUCUUCAAUGUAACCAGGCUUUCAAAUGAACAGUACUACUGUGAGGCUCAGAAUGUCCAUGGACUGCAGAACUCUGAGGCCAUCAAUAUCGAUGUGACAUUUGCUUCAGAGAUCCAGAACACCUCUCGCUGCAUCAGGAUUUCAGCUACAUCUCAGAUCAGAUGUUUCUGUGAUAGCUUUGGAAACCCUGCUCCCACAGUGGUGUGGCAAUUGGCUGGGGAGUCUGUCAAUCACUCCACUAACACCAUCAUCAGGGAGGAACCAAUGGGCUUAGCAGGCCUGAGGAGCUCCCUCACCAUCCGCCAAUCACAGGAAGAGGAAAUACCGAGUCUGGUCUGCCUCAGCUCCAACAUUGAUGGUUUUGACAGCUUCUCAUUUAACUUAACAUCAAUGGAAACAUAUGAAGGUUUCCACCUAAUCUCUCUGUUGAUCGGGGCUGGUGUGGGGGCAGGGGUGAUGAUGCUCCUAUGUACCCCACUGCUUCUCAUCUGCAAGAGAGCCAGGCAAUCACCAAACAAAAGACAGAAGGACACAGCAGAGUUCAUAGUGACUGAUGAGGCCCUCUUUCAGGAGGAGGACAAUGUCUAUGCCAAUAAAGCCAUGCUGGAUGAGGCCCUCGGGCCCAACAGGACAGUGGACAGGGAAAUUGAUGACACAGACCUACUCCACUACGCCAACUUGAACUUCUCCAAACUCCAGGCCAAGGUGGCCAAGCAGGGUGAGGGGGAGGGAGAGAUCAGGGGAGUCGCCUCCAAAACGGCAGAGUACGCAGUGAUCCGUCUGCACUCCACAGGUAGUAUCGAGGGAGGGGCUGGGAAGAAGGAGGCCAAUCCUGCUCUGGAGCAGGGGGAUCACGCUGAAGACCAUGGAGCUAAAGUCUUAGAAGAAACUCAGGCAGGGCACAAGAGUGAUGGGGAAGAAGAAGUUGCAAAGGAUUCUGCACUGCCAGAGCUACAGGGCAUGACUAAUUCUGCCCUCAGUGUCCAGGAGUCUACAAAGGCUCCACUGGGACAAUCUGAGCAGCACAACACAGCAGAAACCAUUGUGGAUGAGGUGACACUGCUUUCUGAGUAGAAAGAUUCCUCUAAUGGUGAAGAGGAGGUAAGGUAUGGGAACAUAUGUCAUGGUCAGGUCAUAUCUGAGGCAAAUUAGGGAAAACCUCAGUUAGAUAGAAGGAAGAGGAGGAGAGUAUAAAGGCACAGUAAGCUGCUGUAUAGAGGGAGUAAAGCUUAUGUGCAGAUAAACUAGUGCAAGGUUGUGAAAAAUCACCCAUAAUGCACUGCAGAGACAUCAUCGCCACCUUUCAAACUGUAGAAACACUAUGUCCACCUUUUUUUAACACCAGUUAUUCUACAGUGUCUGUUCAUUAGUUAGAGUUUCAUCUCUAUAUAUACAAGUAUGUGGACACCCCUUCAAAUUAGUGGAUUUGGCUUCAAAUGAAAUCCAAUUAAGGAAUACAUUAGAUUUUGUCCUGCUGAUCUACACAACCAACUCCACAUUUUCAAAGUGAAAGAACAAUUAUACAAUUUGUUUUAUUUACAAUUUAAUAGAACAAAAAAAACAAAGAUGUCUUGAUUGCGUAUGUCUUCACACCCCAGAGGUAAUACUUGGUGGAAGCACCUUU